AUAAAUGUGCACAAUUUAUUAAAGUCUUCAUUAACAUGCAUUACAUUUGACUUCAUUAGUGCAUUGUUAUGAUGAAUGAAGAAUGGCGGACGUUGUCAUUUUUGGAUAUCUGUUCACAUUUUUAGUAAUAAGUGCGUGUUACGCUCUACCAGGUUUAGACACAUUACAUGAUGAUACAGCAACACAAACCACACAUCACCCCGAUGUUCCGAAGCCAGACGAUCAUUUAUCCCUCGAUCAGAUGAUGGUGCAUCAUCCUAGGAAAGGAAAAUUUCAAAAAAGAUACAAAUGCUACCAAUGCGAGUCCUCGGAGUGCCUCGAGGAGGGCCCGGAGCACAUCUGUCACGACGCCCUCUACUGCUUCAAGUCCUCAGUGCGCGCGCUGGACGGCCGUCUGCAGCACUCGCGCGGCUGCACGCAGAGGACCGACCAUUACCAGUUCACGUGUAGGACAAAUCGGAUUCAGAAAGGCCCCCGCAAGCGGCACGCAGGCCAACUCAACAUAACGUGCUGUCGCGGAGACAUGUGCAAUGACGGCAACUUCCCUGAGCUGCCGCCACUCGCCGACACCUCAAUAGAACCCGUGCCGUCGCACGUGACGCGGUUAUGGGCCAGUGUGGCCGCUGCAGUAGUUGUGGUCAGCGCUUUAGCCGCUAUGGGGAUAUUUGUAUUGAGACGAAGUCACAGACUGCGCGUGUCCCGCGCAGCGCUGCACAAGCUGGGCGCCGACGCCAGCUACUUCCCCAGCAGCGUCUACAGCCCGCAUCUCACCAGCGCUUAUUUCGAAGCGGGCGCGGCGGGUGCGGAGGGCGCGGAGGGGUCGCAGACGGUGCGCGCGGUGGCGGCGGGCGACUCCACGCUGCGCGAGUACCUGGAGAGCUCCGCCACCUCGGGCUCCGGCUCGGGGCUGCCGCUCAUGGUGCAGCGCACGCUGGCGCGCCAGGUCUCGCUCAGCGACUGCGUCGGGAAGGGUCGCUACGGAGAAGUGUGGCGAGGCUCGUGGUACGCGGACAGCGUCGCCGUGAAGAUAUUCUUCUCCAGGGACGAGGCCAGCUGGCGGAGGGAGACGGAGAUAUAUAGCACCGUCCUGCUCAGGCACGAGAACAUACUGGCCUACAUCGGCAGCGACAUGACCAGCAGAGCCAGCUGUACUCAGCUCUGGCUGAUAACACACUUCCACCCGCUGGGCUCGCUGUACGAACACCUGAACAGGAGCACCCUGACCCGGCACCAGAUGAUGGUCAUAUGUCUGUCUGCCAUCAACGGAUUGCUGCAUCUGCACACUGAGAUACACGGGACACAGGGCAAACCAGCGAUAGCACACAGGGACAUAAAAACGAAGAAUAUUCUCAUGAAAGUGAAUGGUGAAUGCUGUAUAGCUGACCUCGGGCUGGCGGUCACCAGGCAACAUGUGGCGGCAAAGCUCCAUCACAACCCUCGACAGGGGACUAAGAGAUAUAUGAGUCCUGAGAUGCUUGAUCAGAGCAUAAAUCUGGAAUGCUUCGAGUCGUUCCUCAAAUGUGACGUGUACGCCUUCGCCCUCGUCCUCUGGGAGGUGACCAGGAGAGUUCACCCGUCUCCCAGAGAAUACAGACCUCCGUUCUUCGAGCUGGUCCAGAGCGACCCCAGUUUCGAUGAGAUGAGGAAGAUCGUGUGCACCGAUGGAGCCAGGCCGGAACCUAUAGAUGAUGAUCAUCCGACAAUGUUGGGCCUGGCACGAUUGAUGCGCGAGUGCUGGCACCCGACGGCCUCGGUCCGGCUGCCGGCGCUGCGCAUCAAAAAAACUCUAUUAAAACUGGCCGCCGGCGACAACUCCAUACAUCUCGACGACGACAACGAGGUGUCCGUAUGAUUGUGUACUUUAUUAUAUCCAGCAGUGUUUGCCAUUGAAAUUGUUUAUUUUUGGGAUUUUUAAGAAAUAUAUCACUUUUUAAUUUGAUGGCGUCUAUCGUUUAGACAAACGAUGAUUUUGCCAAUGUCAAGGUUGAUAAAGACACUGUGAUUAUUAUUAAGAAUUAUAAUCGGUUAGAAAUUCUACAGCGGUAAUUGAUCUGUAUCCGAGAUCAGGGGAAACUUAAAACAACACAUAGCAUUGAUGAUGAUAGAUUUGACGAGCUCGGUGGCGCAGUGGUAAAGUUCUUGCCACUGAACCGAGAGGUCCUGGGUUCGAUCCCCGGUCGGAUCAUGAUGGAAAAUGAUUUUUUUCUGAUUGGCCUGUGUCUUGGAUGUUUAUCUAUAUAUGUAUUUGUUAUAAAAUAUAUUAUCGUAGAGUUGGUAUCCCAUAACACAAGUCUCGAACUUACUUUGAGGCUAGCUCAAUCUGUGUGAUUUGUCCUAAUAUACUUAUUUAUUUAUAGGGGACAAUGGAGCUCCAUUGUCCUAAUUUUCAUUUCGAAACUACGUGACUGUCAAUUUAGUGGACAAGUUCAAGUUUGACAAUGUUAAAGCUGGCGCGGUUGAUGUGUGAGCGCCGGCACCCGAGGCCUCUGUUCGGCUGCCGGCGCUGCGCAAUAAGACGCUAUUAAAACUCAAUUAAAACGACCGCCGGCGACAACUCGAUAGAUCUCGAUGAUAACAAGGAGAUGUCUGUACGAUUUAUCAUUUUGUUUUGUAGUUUAGUAUAUCUUGUAGUGUUUGAGAUUGAAAUUCUUAAGAUCACUGACUAAAUAACUGACAUGAUAAAAAUCUUUUGUUAAAUCGGAACGUAGUGUUGUCCGUUUUUACUUAAUACUUGAUUUUGGGUUAAUAAUAAAAUUCUUUAAACUGCUGGAUAUUUCGAAAAUGUGUACAUAGAAAAGUAAUGAUAUUUUAUGUAUCAGUUGAGAACUAAAACCCUUGGAAUUGAAGGGGUGGAAAUGCUGCCAAGGGAUAAGAGGGUGUGUGUAGGCACUUGUCAAAGAAUGCAUUUUAUUACGUAAAUUAGCUUUAACAAACUCAUUUAAUUUUUUCCCUGAAAUAUUUUGUGAAUUUCUCAACAAUAUUUUUUUUCUGUCAUAUAACUCCAAUGCCGGCUAAAAAUAUCGGCGAACAGUCCGCCGAAUUUGGCGAUUUCGACGUACAUUGCGGGUUUUCCUUGCGGCAUCUGGUUUGACUUCGGCGAUAGCGUGUAGAAGGCACAAAAUGUUGAUGUAAAAAACACUCAAGAUUGAUUUGUGAAUCAUGUUGUAUGAAAAAACUACUUUUUGGGCGGUUCUUUUUGUGUGUUUUUUUUCUAAUCUGAAUAGUUUUAGAGUAGAACUUACAGAGAUUUGCGUAACCAAAAAUCCUACUAUAUUAUAAAUGCGCAAGUUUGUACUUUCAUUCGAAAUCUACUGGACGGAUUGUAAUGAAAUUUGGUACACGGGUAGAAUAUAACCUGGAAUAACACAUACUGGUAUAUUUUGCCCAAAAUUCCCGUGGGAGUGAAGCCCCGGGGCGCACCUAGUCGACCAUAAAGGUACCAAUAGAUAGCCGUCUAACCUAACAUAUUUUAUUUACAUGAAGGGUCUCUCAAUAAUGCCUUGAAUUGUACACAAAAUGCGCAGCAUCUAAUUAAAUGUUGUCAAUUUUUCGCAAAUCAAAAUGGCUGCUAAAACGAAAUGGACGACCGUGCCUACUUGUAUAGUGUAAUGCGUUAGUUACUUAACCGAAGUGCCGAAGUAGUAUUUUAUUUUAGUGUAAUUAUAAUAAAAAUAAAUUAAUUUGUAAAUAAGAGCUUAGAGGAAAACUGUGCGUUUUGAUUGUGUUUAGCUUUUGCCUAUGGGGCUGGCUUUCUGUGGAAAUUAUCAGGAACUGACGUUUUUAUAAAUUACAUUAUUUAAUUAAAUUAUCUUUAAAUACACUCAAUAUAAUGACCUGUUUCACCACUUUUUGAUGAAAUAUUUGAUAUAUAAAAUAUUCGAUGUCUAUAUAUAACGUAUAGAAAAAAAUGUGAUGCACAAGUGUUGGAUACGGUUAACUGGCCAAUCAUAUCAGGCAAAUUUAUCUAGCAGGUUUACAAUAUGAUUUUAUCAGAAAGUGGUGACAGGCCUGAUUAUAAGCAUUCAUUCAUUAGCAAAUUAAGAUAAAACAAAAUUAUUGUAUUGGGAGAUUUGUGUUUUGAAUAUUUCUUCAUAAAUUUUAAAUAAUGUCGAAAUUCACAGUUUUCCAUAGGUAUUUAGGAUACAGAAUAUAAAUUGUCUUGUGUUUAAUUUCAAAUAUGUUGCCAUAUUAUACGUAUUGUAUGUUUGACUGUGUGUAGAUAUAGUAUAUAUUGACAUUUAGGAUAAUUUAAUGUUAUUUUAAUGUGUAUCAUGUUUUUCCGACCAGAAUAUAUAUUUUUUACGAUUUAUUUUUUCAUUCAAAUAAAUACAUAUAAUUGUGUUCAUACAUAUACAUUUAUACGUAUGUAAAUAUAAAUUGUAUAAUUUGAAUUGUAUGUAAAAUUAGUUUUUAAGUAUUAUUUAUGUGUAAUUCUGCAUUUAAUUUUAAAUAAAUCGGUUCCUUACAAAUACUCGAUAAUAAAGAUGGCAAUUAGUCAACUCCGACUGAGGUACAGUAGACAGCACAUCAAUCUACGCAAAUUCAUUGCAAAUUCGCCUUUAUUACCGUGACAUAGAGUAUACAGGGUAACUUUACACGCGGUUGACUGUAUUAUUAUUGUGAUAACAAAUUGACGUUCCACGUCGAAAAAAGGUACCUUAUAGAGGCAAAUCGCUUACGUGUCAUACACACUAUAUAGUCUGUCCAGAAAGUGUACCUAGAUAACGAAUUUUUGACGAAUUUCAUUUUUUUGCCAUUGCAAGAUACCAAAUAGAAUGGUCAAGAUUGGUUGAUAAAUACCCAACUUUAUUUUUUCAUUUUCUGGACAGACUGUAAUUAAAAUGAGCAAGUGAUAAGUAUUAAUCGACUUCAGACCAUAAAUCACCUUUUUUCCGUGAUCACAAUUAUUUAAUCUAAACAAGUUUAUUGGUAUUUCUCAGAUCGUUUUGAUUUCGAACGCUGCGGCCGCGCUGUCAUUACAAUUUUCUCAAUUUUAACAAAGACAAGAAUUACGUUUUUCUAUCUGACUUUAAAAUAAUUAAUCUGUACUGUGGUAAUGUAAAUUUUAUGAAUUACUAGAUUUUGGUAAUUAUCCCUCCUUCAAGAAAGACCAGAGCAGCCAAACCAGCAGUCGAAACGCUCUGAGAUCCCUUGUAUAAAUAUGUAAACAACAAUUUCUAUUGUGUAAUAACACACACGCCACGUUAUUACUAACCGGAGAUGGGCAAAAAGUAAUUGGAUUACCGAUUGCGAUUACAUUUUGUAAUCUUCGGAAAGGAUUUACUAACACUGGUGUCAGAUCUGACAUGACUACGACUGCCGUCACCUAGUGGCAGGCCUAGCGGACACUGUAUUGGAUAUUUAACUACGUUUGAGUAAAAUAAAAUGUGAAUUCAGGCUAUUUGUAAAUAUUACUUAUAAGUUAGUUUUAAGUUCACGUAGUCUUAUAUCGCGUCAGAAUUAUGAAGAGAAUAAAAUAUUUGUCUAGA